CUAGCUAGUUUGCGGCGGCGGCGGUGGUGCCCGGCUUCGUGUGCUGCAGCUAGCUUGCGGAGAUGUCUGAGGUGUCGGUGAUAAACCAGGCGGAGGUGGAGGACGCGGCGGCGGCGCUGGACCUUCCCCCGGGGUUCCGGUUCCACCCCACCGACGAGGAGAUCAUCUCGCACUACCUCACCCCCAAGGCGCUCGACCACCGCUUCUGCUCCGGCGUCAUCGGCGAGGUCGACCUCAACAAGUGCGAGCCCUGGCACCUCCCAGGCAGGGCCAAGAUGGGGGAGAAGGAGUGGUACUUCUUCUGCCACAAGGAUCGCAAGUACCCGACGGGGACGAGAACCAACCGCGCCACCGAGAGCGGCUACUGGAAGGCCACCGGCAAGGACAAGGAGAUCUUCCGCGGCACCGGCCGCGGCGCCCUCGUCGGCAUGAAGAAGACGCUCGUCUUCUACCGGGGGCGCGCGCCCCGCGGCACCAAGACCGGAUGGGUCAUGCACGAGUUCCGGCUCGAGGGCAGGCUCCCGCACCCGCUCCCGCGCUCCGCAAAGGACGAGUGGGCGGUGUCCAAGGUGUUCAACAAGGAGCUCACGGCCGCGGCGACCACGUCCGGGUCCGGGGCAAUGGCGGCCGCGGGGGAGGCGGGCAUCGAGCGGGCCGGCUCGUUCGGCUUCAUCAGCGACUUCCUCGACCCCUCCGGCGAGCUGCCGCCGCUCGUGGACCCUUCCUUGGGCGUGGACCUCGACGAAGUGGUCGACUUCAAGGGCCCCGUGUCCGCCUACGACGGCGCCGCCCAUUCCGGGCCCGGCAUGGGCUACCAGCUCCAGGUCAAGACGGAGGCGCCCGUGCAGCCGCAGCACUACCAGUACCACCAGUACCAGCAGCAGCAGCAGGAGGCGCAGAUGGCGAUGUACUCGAGCCCGUACUUCUCACUGCCGGCAGCGAGCUCUGGCGACCAGUCGCCGGCGAUCCGGCGCUACUGCAAGGCGGAGCAGGUGUCGGGGCAGACGUCGGCGCUGAGCCCGUCCCGCGACACGGGGCUGAGCACGGACCCGAACGCGGAGAUCUCGUCGGCGGUGUCGCAGCAGCACCAGGAGUUCCUUGACCAGCUGGACGCCGACGAGUACCCCGCCCUCAACCUCGCCGACAUCUGGAAGUACUGAAAGCCGGCCGGAGCCGCCGCGCGCACCUACCGAUUCGCCCGGUUCCUGCGCGCGCCCCGCUGAUUGAUUAAUUACUGUUAAUUUGAUUAUAUUUAACCUGCGUGUGAUGCUGGUGCUAGUGGUGGUUUGCUGAUGCAUCAUCGAUCAUCAGAUCAGACCAGAUCAUCCUCAUCUUCUUGUUUCCCGGAGGAUUCUGGGGCCGGAUCAGGUUAGCAUCCGUCCAGACCUCCAGGGAUUAGCUAGGCCUGCUUAAUUUGUGUUGAUUAAUUAAUUUGCUACUACUAGUCCUAGGUUCAUAGCAUCUUGAUCGAUCCGUGUACAUACUACAUACCACUAGUACCAGUACUCUGAUUGCGUUUAGUAGAGUAGAUUAGGUGGUCUGCAACCUGAAAUGACUUUGGGGAUCCAUUCAUGGAUUUGAUUAAUUUGGGAUGAGCCAGCCUAGCGCUGGUUUUGUGUAUGUACAUGUACCGCCAUUAAUUUCCUGAGCUUGACAUCUCAUUAUGUGAAUUGAUUGAUGCUUUGUCUA